CGCCCUGCGCCGCCGCCCUCCGACUUCCGGGUCGUCAAUAUCAAUAAUUCAAUAUCAAUAACAAGUUGAUAAUUGUAUAUAUGUAUUGAUUAAAAUUAGCUAUAACUGACUACAUUUAGGCGUCGAGGUUUUAUAAUAAGUCCACGACAAGCAAAAUUUUUUGAAUUCGUUAAUAUACUGAUCCAAAACGAAAUUAGAAAAUAGCUACUACAAACAAGAACUUCAACAUCCACAAUGAACAGGGAUAAAAGAGAAAUAGAAUAUCCAGCGGAGCUGGAAUCACAAUUCAUUCUUAGAUUACCUGAAGAACCUACAAAAGCAUUAAAGGAACUUCUUAAAUCCGGAGAACAUUUCAAAAACCGUCUCACCAUACAAAUUGAAAACGAUAUGAGGCAUGGAGAAGUUCGAUUUGACCAUUGGCUUAUGCAUGCAAAAAUUGUUGAUAUGCCAACAAUUAUAGAAUCACUUAAAACAAUUGAUAAUAAGAGUUUCUACAAAUCAGCGGAUAUUUGCCAAAUGAUGAUAUGUAAAGAGGAACCAGAUCAGCCAACAGAUGAAGAAACACCCACAAAAAACAAAAAGAAAGAUCCUUACAAAGUAGAUAAGAAAUUUUUAUGGCCUCAUGGUGUAACACCACCCACUAAAAAUGUACGUAAACGCCGUUUUCGAAAAACAUUAAAGAAAAAGUAUGUGGAAGGUCCAGAAAUCGAGAAGGAGGUGAAGAGAUUAUUACGCGCAGACAAUGAAGCAGUUAAUGUUACUUGGGAAGUUAUUCAAGAAGAAGAUGAACCAAAAAGUAAAGCAGAGAGCAAGGCUGCCUUAAAAGCUGAAAAGAAACCAAAAGCCGAACGAGUAAAGAAAGAACCUAAAAAAGAUACUGCAAAUGCUGCAAAGCCUUCUUCAAAUAUUUCAACUACAGAUAUAUUCGGAGGAGCUCUCAGUGACAGUGACAUUGAAGAUGAGAACAUAAAUGUAGAAAUGGAUGAUAGCCGCAUGUCAACAUAUGAUAGAAUGUCGGAUAAUAGCCUCAUGCUAGGAUUGGGUGAUCAAAAACGGUCAUUUCCAAUUGAGUUUGAAUCUGAGAUGUUUCAACCCUCCCACAGCAUGAUGCCAAAACAUCACAAUCGCAAUGUGACAUCAACUAUCACAAGUAAGAAAGCUUUCGAGCAUUCUUCGGAAGAAGAAAGUGAAUAUAGCUAUAGAGAUGAUUCUAAAGAGAACAUGACAGUUAGAAUUGAACAACUUCGUGCUGAACUUGAGGAAUUAAAGCAACGUCGACAGAGAACCCAGACUGAAAUUGCUGGUAUGGAGAAUCUUGCUCUGCGGCAACGUUUCCAAGAUACUUUACAUACACUGAACCAAGAUAUUAUGUAUAAGGAAAUGGAAUAUCAAGGACUUAUUACUCUGCAAACUUCUGAAGAUAUUUAAUUAAUUAAUUUUCUUUUAAUAUUGUAAUUGUCAUUUUAUUAUAAUCUAAAUAAUAUAACCAAUAUAAUAUGA